CUUUGCUUCAGUCUUGAGAGAGAGAGAGAGAGAGAGAGGCUGCCAAUGCCUGAAGAAUUGGCGACUUCGGCUCUUCCAUCCAGCCUUUAGAUGGAGACGCCUCGGUCGCCUUCCUCGGUAACAUGCCUAGCAUCAUGCUGAGAUGCGCUCUUCUGGGACGCACCGCCAAGCCCAUGCCCUGCGCUUUCGUCAGCAAGCGGAGCAGGGUCUGCAGUUCCCUGCUCGGUCUGUUUACCGAAGCAACGGUUUGCGAAGGGAGAUUUCUUGCGACGAGGCGAUGGUUUUGCGGCUAUGCCGCGGAGCAGUUCUCGGACGAUGAGUACGAGGUCGACUUCGAGGGCCACAAGGCAUCAUCUUCGGUUGCGAACAUUGAUGAGUGGAAGUGGAAGCUCAGCUUGCUCUCGCGCAGCGAAAAGGACCAGGAAAUUGUGUCUCGAGAUAAAAGAGAUAGAAGAGACUAUGAGCAGAUUUCUAAUCUCGCGAAAAGGAUGGGGCUUUACAGCGAAGUUUAUGGAAAGGUAGUGGUUGCAAGCAAGGUUCCUCUCCCAAACUACAGGCGAGAUCUUGAUGACAAGCGGCCUCAAAGAGAGGUGGUUAUCCCUCUAGGCCUGCAAAGGAGAGUAGAGGGCUUACUUCAGGAACACCUUGAUAGGAUCCAAUUACGAGUUGGUAAAGAAGGCGAGGACGCAGGUGCUGUUAAGUCAGCAGAUCACAUUGAAGAGAUCAAUCCAGAUGACAAUCCAGACUUAUUUCUUGAUGGUUCUGUCAUGGAAAAGGUACUCCAGAGGAGGAGCUUGCGGAUGCGUAACAUGCAAAGAGCUUGGCAGGAGUCACCAGAGGGCAGGAAAAUGGUGGAUUUUCGGAAAUCUCUACCUGCAUUCAGGGAGAAGGAUAGGCUGCUUCAGGCGAUAGCGAGGAAUCAGGUCAUUGUAAUAUCUGGGGAGACUGGAUGUGGCAAGACCACUCAGCUUCCUCAAUACAUCCUGGAGUCGGAAAUAGAAUCUGGUAGGGGAGCAUUUUGCAGCAUAAUUUGCACUCAGCCUAGACGAAUAUCUGCUAUGGCAGUUGCCGAAAGAGUGUCUGCUGAGAGAGGAGAGCCUCUUGGUGAAACAGUUGGCUAUAAAGUUCGGCUAGAAGGGAUGAAGGGAAAGAAUACACAUCUGCUCUUCUGUACCAGUGGAAUUCUGCUACGACGAUUGCUUAGUGAUCGGAACCUGAAUGGUAUAACCCAUGUAUUUGUAGAUGAAAUUCACGAGAGAGGCAUGAAUGAAGACUUCCUCUUGAUUGUCCUAAAGGAACUUCUUCCACGCCGUCGAGAUUUGAGAUUAAUAUUGAUGAGUGCCACAUUGAAUGCAGAGUUAUUCUCCACCUAUUAUGGAGGUGCCCCAACUAUUCAUAUACCGGGAUUCACAUAUCCUGUGAGAGCUCAUUUUUUAGAAGAUGUACUGGAAAUUACUGGAUACAAGUUGACCUCAUUCAAUCAAUUAGAUGAUUAUGGUCAAGAUAAAUUGUGGAAAACGCAGAGACAGCUAACUCCACGGAAGAAGAAAAACCAGAUUACUGCUCUUGUCGAGGAUGUUCUUACUAAAUCAAGUUUUGAAAAAUAUAGCUCUAGAGUGCGUGAUUCUUUAUCAUGUUGGACACCCGACUGCAUAGGUUUCAAUCUUAUUGAGGCAGUGUUAUGCCACAUAUGUCGAAAAGAAAGACCAGGUGCUGUGCUAGUUUUCAUGACUGGAUGGGAGGAUAUAAGCUGCUUAAGGGAUCAACUCAAAGCGCAUCCUCUUCUAGGAGACCCUAACAGGGUUCUGCUCCUAACAUGUCAUGGUUCAAUGGCAACAUCUGAACAGAAACAAAUAUUCGAGAGACCACCAUUCAACGUGCGUAAAAUAGUUCUUGCCACCAAUAUGGCCGAAGCAAGUAUUACAAUCAAUGAUGUAGUAUUUGUUGUUGAUUGUGGAAAAGCGAAAGAGACCACUUAUGAUGCAUUGAAUAAUACACCAUGUCUACUACCUUCUUGGAUAUCACAAGCAUCUGCCAAACAGAGAAGGGGUAGAGCAGGCCGUGUACAGCCAGGCGAAUGUUACCACUUAUAUCCCAGCUGUGUUUAUGAAGCAUUUGCUGAGUAUCAGCUUCCUGAACUUUUGAGAACUCCUCUGAACUCUCUUUGCCUGCAAAUAAAAAGCUUGCAGGUUGCCAGUAUAGGGGAAUUCCUAUCAGCUGCACUACAGCCACCAGAACCACUUACUGUCCAAAAUGCUGUUGACUUUUUGAAAAUGAUUGGGGCAUUGGAUGAGAAGGAAAAUCUUACAAAUCUCGGGAAAUUUUUGUCAGUUCUUCCAGUUGAUCCGAAGCUGGGGAAAAUGCUAAUUAUGGGUGCCAUAUUUCGUUGCUUUGAUCCUAUUCUUACCAUAGUAUCAGCACUCAGUGUGAGAGAUCCUUUCCUUUUGCCUCAAGACAAAAAGGAGUUAGCAGGGACAGCAAAAUCAAGGUUCUCUGCAAAGGACUACAGUGACCACAUGGCUCUUGUUCGUGCAUAUGAAGGAUGGAAAGAUGCAGAGAGAGAAGGUUCGGCUUAUGAGUACUGCUGGAGGAAUUUCCUCUCUCUCCAAACUCUGCAAGCUAUCCAUUCUCUUAGGAAGCAGUUUAGUUUCAUAUUAAAAGAUGCUGGCUUGGUAGAAGCUGAUUCAAGUAUUAAUAAUAAAUUAAGCCACAAUCAGUCACUUGUCCGUGCAAUCAUAUGCUGUGGCCUCUUUCCUGGCAUUGCGUCUGUAGUUCACAGGGAGACGUCCAUGUCUUUCAAAACAAUGGAUGAUGGCCAGGUGCUACUUUACGCGAACUCUGUCAAUGCAAACUACCAGACAAUUCCUUAUCCAUGGCUAGUGUUUGGAGAAAAGAUUAAAGUGAAUACUGUCUUCCUUCGUGAUUCAACUGGUGUAUCUGAUUCGAUUUUGAUGCUAUUUGGUGGUGCUCUAAGCCAUGGAGUACAGGUUGGGCAUCUGAAAAUGCUGGAAGGGUAUAUUGACUUUUUCAUGGGUCCGAGUUUGGCAGAGUGCUAUGUGAAGCUUAAGGAGGAGCUUGAUAAGCUGCUUCAAAAGAAGCUUCAGGAUCCCUGCUUGGACAUUCACAAGGAAGGGAAAUAUCUAAUGCUUGCUGUGCAAGAGCUCGUUUCUGGGGACCAAUGUGAAGGGAGAUUUGUGUUUGGCCGAGAAAGCAAGAAGCCCAAGGAACCUACUGAUGGCAGCAAAUUCACAAGAGACGGAUCAAAUCCUAAGAGCUUGCUCCAAACUCUGCUGAUGAGAGCGGGGCACUCUCCUCCGAAGUACAAAACAAAGCACCUGAAGACGAACGAGUUCAGGGCACUUGUAGAGUUCAAGGGAAUGCAAUUUGUUGGGAAGCCCAAGAAAAAUAAGCAGCUCGCGGAGAGGGAGGCUGCUAUUGAAGCAUUAGCAUGGUUAACUCACACUUCAGAUGAUACCCGUGAUGAAGAUGACAAAUCCCCACUUGAUGUCACCGAUAACAUGCUGAAACUCCUCGGCAGACGGAGAAGAUCAAAGAGACAUCCUCGUUGAGGGCUUGACAAUGCCACUUUUCCGCAUUCGAAAUCUCAUGCGGACCAUUGAUUCUCGGGCCGGAUCCUAUGUCAUCGAAUUUGGGAUGUUAUAUGGUCCCAGGACGAUGAACUGCAUAUGGACAGCUCCAAGCCCCGUAGCUUUCAGUAGAAGGGAUGCCUCCUCACAGCGGGGGGGUCGCAGUAACCAAGCUCGGGUGACUACUUCCUGAAAACACCGGUUUCAAUACAGUUUGUCAUUCUUUUGUUGUAUAUAUAGGAUGAAUAACAGAGAUCCCAUCGAGAUGAGCUAAACAUUGUUGUGUAGCUUGUUCAUCGAUCCCUCAGGAGAGCGUAAUAUGUAGUAGGACUGUUUAACUGUAGGUCUCUGGAAGGAUUCUGAAAACCCACCUUAGGUCAUACCAAGGAACAAAUAUAAAAUCUCAAUAACAUGUUUCAAAUUCAAUAA